UCCAAUUCUACUGACUUCUGUUUAUUAAAUACAAGUUGGAAAACAGGUUCAUUUAUCCAAGGAAGGACUAAUCAUGCAACCGCUGGAUUCAGAGAGAGCCUUAAUUAAGGUCACCCACUGUGACAAAGACAUUUUUGGCUCCUUUGUUCCAGAGAACUGCCCACUAUGUGGGCAAAGGCUGAUUUACAGAAGUCUGGAAGAAGCACCUGUCAGUAUUCCAAGCCCAUUUGUUAAUGGACACGGAGAAAAAUGUUCUUUUUUACUGAAGCCCACUAUAGGAACAUUUCUAAGAGAUUAUGAUGGAGAUUCUGACCUUCAUGUUGGAAUAACCAAUACCAAUGGUUUGGUUUAUAAUUACAAUGAAACUGGUAUUACCAUUGCUGAAUAUGGAUGGGAACAAUGUGUAAGCAUUCCACUUGUGCAGCCUGAUAUGUAUGCCCUCCUUAAUCAAUGGGAUACUUAUCUAGAACAAUUUUCAACAACAGAUAUUUGGCUUCCACACAGGUAUGAAGAAUGUUUCCAUAAUUGUUAUACUUAUGCACUAACAUUUAUUAACUGUGUGCUGAGUGCCCAAAAGCAACAACAAAUGAAUAAAAAUGAAUUUACAGAGAAAUUUGUAAUUCCGCGAACAAGAAAAGCUUCCAAAUAUAUCACUAUCUACAAAGAAAUAUGCAAGAAUGGCUUUUACGUUGUUGAUCAUCCUGCUCAAAAAGGCAGUACUUCUGCCAAUGCCAUUUGACUUUAGGCCGAAGCACUUACUGACAGGAAAUAAAAUUAAAAUAUUCAAGUUAAGACACAUAAGCGUUAUUCCUAUCUUGUUGUAAGGAAAGUGGGAAACAUUACCAUCAUACUUAAUUGGACAGAAAUCCAAGAGAAAUCAGAACUAUUUCCUAUUAUCCAUAAAACUGCAGAAACUGAAUCACAAUGUAAUCUUUCUAAUAAACGUCUUUUCUGUCUGAA